AUGGCCUCCAGUCUCUUCCUGGUGCUUGCGGUGCUGCUACUACUGAAAGUAGCUGCGAUUGAACUUAUCGACCCUCCUGAUGGCUAUGAAUUCACGGUUGGUGAGCCGACGACAAUCAAAUGGAAGCCGGUUGAUUCAAACGGAACGGUGACUCUGGAGUUUAUGUGGGGAGCAGCCAUUGCCUCUGACGAUGGCGAUGUUAUAGCAUCCGAAAUCCCGGAUUCAGGACGGUUUACGUGGACUCCGCCGGACGAUGUCGAGGAUUUCGAUAACUACACUAUCUGUAUAUACCCGGAUCAGCCGCCUCAGAACUUCGACUGUCUUCCUAUCUUCUCGAUUGAUGGAGCAGGCAAUUCCACGUCCGAGGCUUCCUCUUCGGCCACCCCCUCGAGCUCUCCUACCAGCACGCCCGAGCCUACACCCAGCGAUGAUUCAGAUCCUACUGAUACGAGUGACGGUCUUCCAACAGCAGCCAAGGCUGGUAUCGGUAUUGGCAUCGGAGUCGGUGUUGUUGUGGUGGUGGUCUUUGGCUUUUGCUGGAUGAGGCGUCGGAAACAGACUGGACCAGGAGAUCAGUCCAUUCCCCUUGCCUCGCAUCCUAAUCCAAGCAUGACCAAGAAUGCGCAUGGAUCGACAAUGGAGCUGCAUUCCGAGGCGUCACGCCCAGAUACAAAUGAGUUGGCGGGUCAAAGUGUUGGUGAGCUCCAUUGUAUGCAGCAGUAUCCGAACGAGCUCUCAGGAACCGGGCUGCGCGAGUUGGACGGUGAUAUGAGGCGCGCACAUGCGAGACCUCCAAUCGAGCUUCCAACUAUGGAACGAAGGUUUGUAUAA